ACUAGGAGGAGCCAGAGGAACCUGAUUUUUUCACAGAUUAUCUGUCUCAUGUUCUACUGUCAGGAUAUAGUGAAAGUAAAUAUGACAAAAAGUUAUCUUUAUAAAAUUGAAAUACUGCAGCUUUAAUGCUAGUUUCUAAAACAUAUCAAAGUAGAAGCACUGGCAGGUUCUGUUCAAACAAAUGAAACAAAAUAUAUAAAAAGUUACAGAUUUUCACACUUCCCUCUGCAGAUAAUUUUGGUUUGAUUUGUCCAUGUUCUGUCAUAUCUUUUUGGAGGUGACCGGAAUGUAGUUUGUGUUGCUUGAAGCACUGAAACAUAAACUAAGUUCAACACCUUUCCAGGAACAAUGUCUCUGAUAAUUCACCCACUGUCAAAAGUUUCCAUUAGAACUAUUCUGUACCAAGGAUGUAGUCCUUCUGCAAACGCUUGACAGUGUGUUGUGUUCAUUGCCAUGCACUGAUGACAUAACUUUGAUAACACUGAAGCAGAUAAAAUCUGAACUAUGAGCUCAGAUAUGCUGGCCUAAUAAAAUUUUUUUUGAAAGGUGCAAUAUAAAUAAAGUUAUUAUAAUUUAUUACCCUCCAACUCUAUCAGCAGAUAUUGGUCAGUUUGGAAAAAUUGGCUGUCGCUGUCACUCAUGGUGGGAACUGUUGGGACUCUAAACAAUUUUCUUUACCUUCAAUCCAAAGGAAGGGAUUGAUAAUCCAGCUCUGGUCAUUAGUGAUGAUCCUGAGCCUGAACAGAGCAUGCUGCCCAGACUGUGCCAUCUGAAGCGUCUGGAGGGGCAGAGCUUUGGGUUCUACCUGCGGAUGGAACCGAGCAGCUGGGGCUUUGAGAUUAGAGGUGUGGAGCCGUGGAGUCCUGCAGAGCACAGCAGCCUCAGAGACGGAGACCGAGUGCUGGAAGUCAACGAGGAUUAUGUGGAUAAUAUGGACUUCUCCACGGUGGUGAGGAAGAUCCAGUCAUGCGGUUUACACUUGUUCCUCCUGGUGUUGAGGAGAGAGGAGUAUGAACAGGCAGUGUCUGUUGGUGUGGAUAUGCAGACUCUUGCCAAGGCCUCCAAAGGGGGCUGCUGCUCUAGACCCAGACUGUGUCACAUCAGUAGACACCAGGAGCAUGGUCUAGGGAUGGCCAUCAUCUCAGUGGAAGGUCAGAAGGGCCAGUAUGUUGUGAGCACAGAGACUGAUGGUCCAGCAGAGAGAGCUGGUGUCCGCAAUGGAGACAGACUGAUCUGGAUGAAUGGAGUCAUGGUGUCAACACUCACACACACUGUCCUCAGCAGAACUGUGAAGAAGAGUGGGGAAGUGACGCUGCUCGUCGUUGACAGUGAGAGUGAGUGCUGCUACCUCAAGAGAAAGAUGCCCAUCCUGCCUGUGCUGGCAGAGUGCAGCCGCCUCCCACACAAUGCCAAGACAAUGUGUCUGGUUAAAGGACGCGAUGGAUACGGCUUCCUGCUGAGACAAGAGAAGCUGGCAGGCACUCAACGGAUAGUUCAUGUGCUGAGGGAGGUAGACGUGGGGAGUCCGGCUGAGGGGGCAGGGAUGGAUGAUGGAGACCUGCUGCUUGCUGUCAAUGGAGAACCUGUUGAGUCUAUGGAGCAUGAAGACAUUGUCAAAAAGAUUAGACAGAGUGGUGAUAAAGUCAUCCUCACCUCUAUAUCUAUACCAGGAAGAGACUUUUACAGAGCGUUAGGCAUUUCUCCACUGUUGUUCCAUGACAAGCUAACACUCCAGGAUGGCAGGCAGCAGGCUGUCUGCCACUGCACGAAGGACCAGUGUGAAAUUCUUCUGCCAAAUGGAGAUGGACGUCUACAUCCCACAAUGCAUGUUCAGGAUGAGGAGACAGGCUCAGGUCUCCACUCAGUCUGUGUCCUGGAUCAGUCAGAAACUUCAUCCACACAGCUGUUGGAGGGAACAAGUGAUGCUUUCUUGUGAUGGAAAAGAACGGGAAUGAGAAAGGCCACAAGCAGACAGAGGAAGAAGAGGAGCUCAGGUUUAAAGAACCCAUCAUUUUACAGCACACUGAGGUGAGACAGUUGGAGAGGAAGUUGUGUUAUUCUUUGCUUUCUUUAUUUUAUUUAGUUUUUAAAUCAGUCACCAAAAUCAUCAUUGUGCUGGGACCAGCAUGUUUUGGACCGUUCUUCAAAUGUGAUCUCUACCUGUACUUUCUGAUUUGUAUUUUUUGUCAAUUAUAAACAAUGGGCAUUAUUUUGUGUGGAAAUGACAUAAACUGUGAAAUAUUUUUAAUAUUUAGCUCCAUAUAUCGAAGCCUAACAUAUAGAAAAAUUGUUUAAAAGUCGUUUGUUAAGGUCUUUGUGUAUACACUGUGUCUGUACUCUUUAAUAAUAAAUGUUGUGUGACAUUUUUUUCAUCA